CCUCAGUUGAAACCCGAAAUGCCGCUCCUGCGAGUAAGACGCGACCACGGCUCGGACGACCAUCCGACCGAUGCGAGUCCAAUAGCAAGAAGUUCGAGUGAAGCCAUGACUGAUGCAGGUCGGCUGAGCAAGAAGCCGCGAUGGACGUCCAGCAGCGACGCGAUCGGAGAUACCACUGUCAAACCGGCGAUGCAUGAUGACCUGAGAGCGCCCGUGCAAAUCCCGGCUCCUGCAACGCGGGGAAUGGCUGCACAGUCUCCAAGCAAUGCAUCGAGCCCAGGGAGAGCGUCAUCGCGGCGGCGCGCGCCCGUUACUGUCGCCUAUGACGACCUCGACGAGGACGAUGACGACGACCCCGAGGAGGACUCUGACUCUGACUCGGAAGCACAAUCAACGAAGGGAAUCACGUCUAGCAGGUCUCCCUCAAAGUCAAGCAAAUUAAAGGUGGAAGCGACGCCGCAUGGCGCGCGAAUCCCAAGCCACUUCCUUGAACAAUUGACAAACAUCCAGGAAAUGCGGGCAGCGAGGAACGCGCCAGUCGACGUGAUGGGUUGCGAGCGACUGGCAGACACGACGUCCUCUCCCGAAACGUACCGGUAUCAGGUGCUGCUGUCGCUCAUGCUUUCGGCGCAAACCAAGGACGAGAUCACUGCAGGUGCGAUGAAGCGCUUGAUUGCCCACGGCUGCACGCUGGACAAUAUUUUGGCGACACCUGUCGACAAGAUUCAGGAGCUCAUCUACCCGGUCGGCUUCCACCGUCGCAAAGCCGAGUACAUUCUCGAGACGUCCCAAAUGCUCAAAGACAGCUUUCACGGCGACAUCCCUUCCACCAUCGAAGGCCUAGUGUCCCUGAAAGGGGUUGGCCCAAAAAUGGCCCACAUUACGAUGGACGUUGCCUGGCAGCAGAUGGUUGGUCUGGGCGUCGAUACGCAUGUUCAUCGCAUCGCAAAUCGCCUCAAAUGGGUGUCCAAGGAAACUAAAACUCCCGAGGACACGCGCAAGGCGUUGCAAGAGUGGAUGCCGCGCGAGUACUGGCCCGGGCUGAAUGUGCUCCUCGUUGGCUUUGGCCAGACAAUUUGCCGCCCCGUCAACCCUCGAUGCUGGGAUUGCUUGAACCUGCAUACAUGCGCCUUCGCCCGACGGCCGGAAACACGAGCACGCAUUAAAAAGCAUCGCCAAGAGCAGGCAAACAUGCCGCCCGAGCCGUCCCAAGAUCACAAGCCAGUUCUCGUCAAGAGCGAGGAGCACGGCUUGUGAUUGCCCCCCCCCCAAGCAUGUAAUACACAUUUCAACAUAGCGUACUUUUACCAAGCUUGUCACAAUCAAAUCGAUAAAAAAUGUACUUGUACCAAUCUUCAAUAACAACACAACAUGGAA